CACCCAGAGGGAGUGAGAGUGUGAGUCAUUGCCACGGGGGUGGAAACCUAUCAAUGCAGAACAAAUAAGCUGGGAGUGAGCUUUAACUUCACCAUUACUCAUUUCAGUUGGUCGGGACUGACACUGAAACGAAAACCACUCACCAUUUAACACCAGCCAGCAACAAAAUUGCAAAGGAAUUUCAUUCAGAACUAAUUCAGACAGGCAAACCUUAUUGUCGCAUUUAUUGUUGACGAAUCAGCAGCAACUACAAAUUGUUGGACAUGUCUGUGUUUAAAAAAAUAUCUGAUGCAUUCAACAAUGACAAACCAGCCACUUCAGGUGAAAGGGACCAGGUCAUCCGAGAAACUACGAAGAAAACUCGGUUAAUGAGAGAUCAAGAAUGGAUUAAAAAUAAGGGAGAUGACUCUCAAAAUCCGUCAGUUGAUGUCAACUAUGGAAAAAAAGCAUUAAACCCAGUAAAGGCAGAUGGAAAUCCGUUUAGGGAUUCAACUGGGUCAAGUAAAGUGACGCCAACAAAAAGGGGUGACACCCUAGAUGGAAGAAAAAGUGGCAGCACUACUGACCUCCACAAGUCACCAUGGACUUCAAGCCAGGAAAAACUCACAAGAGAUAAAGAGAGCACUGUUGUCACCAGUCCUACUAAGAAAUAUUCAAGUUCGGACAGACUUAACAGGUUAUCAACAGGCAAUUCUGAUGACUUGCCAAAGAUGACAAUAGUUUCAUCUGAAACAAAAGUUGAUACUCCGACCAGUAAGAGACCACAGACUAGGCCCUCCCCUGAUGGUCAAGUGACAACGCAGGAUAAAACAUCCACAACGCCAAUUCUGAAAAGGGAUAACAAAAAAGAUGAAACACUACCAAAUGUCAAUACUUCAAAGACCUCAACUCUGGAGCGAAAGUCAGUCAAAACACCAACCAAGAAUGAAUCUUUGAUCGAUUUGACUCCAACCACACAAAAGACAAGCAAGGGGUCAUCAGAUACUUUGCCUAAGGUUGAAAGUAAAAGUCUUAUAGAUCUGUCUGUUACUUCAGACAAAACAAAUGAAAGCAGGAACAGUGGAGACUGGGGAAAUACCAACUCUUACACCACAAGCACAAAAACAACUUUUGACCCAAACCCUGGCAGUGAUGAUUGGACCACCAUCACCUCUUCCACCACUUCAAGCACAAAAUCAAGCUUUGACGACACUCCCAAGAAGUCAAGCAGGAACAGUGGAGAUUGGGAAAAGACCAACUCUUACACCACAAGCACAAAAACAACUUUUGACCCAAACUCUGGCAGUGACGAUUGGGCCAACAUCACCUCUUCCACCACUUCAAGCACAAAAUCAAGCUUUGACAACACUCCCAAGAAGUCAAGUUCUACAAAUGAAAAAGAUCUUCUUAAUGAUGAAUCACCAUACAAGUCACCAACUUCAUAUACCAAGACGAGCAAGACUUACAGCUAUAAUUCAAAAAAUGAUCAAAGUCCGGCCGUGGACGAGCCAUAUAGUUCUCGCUCUUCCUAUAAGGAAAACAGCCCUCCUUAUGAUGAUGAUGAAUCUUCAAGCUACCAAUCCUCAAAUUAUUCGCUGCCGAAACCCAGGAGCUCCAGCUCAUCGCUUUCAGAUGGCAAGAGUCCUGCACAAGUAAUAACCUUAACCACUGCAUACACCAGCGCUGGACAGACUACUAAAGAUAAAAAUGUUUGCAGCCAAUGCUACAAACCCUUCAACGGUGAUCCAAAAAUGAUCUUGGAGGAUUUGAACAUUAACUGCCAUGCAUCUUGCCUUAAGUGCCAAAUUUGCAACCGAUCGCUUGAAGAUCUGAGUGCUGGGGACAACCUCUGGGUUCACCAUCACACUGUGCAUUGCGAGAGGUGCUAUGAUAAUGCAAAGGCACAACUUGGGUACUAAAUGGACCCUUGGAACAGAGUAUCAGCUGAAUCACAAACUCUAAGUUUGAUAUCUAUCGGGAAUGGACGAACAUAUUUACAAAACAUUCACAUUUUAGUGGUUAUCUCAUACAAAUAAUGUUGACUUUCUCAAAAUCUAAUUUCUGUAUUCUAUUUUAAAAUAAAGGAAUAUGUAUUUCACCUUGUAAUGUACUAUGGGGCUAAGCUGAUAAAAAAUCAACUUGUAUUAUGUAAAGGUAAAAAAAUAAUUCUGGUGAAGGUGAACCUGUCAAGAAAUAAUUUCUUUACUUGUUUGACAAAUAUUUAAAGAAGCAUGAGUGUAGUCGGCUUUCUUUCUCAAAAUACGAUUCACCAGAUUAUGUGAUUAAGAAUCAAUAACUAUUCUGUGUUAAUUUUGCUUUAUCCUUUAUCUGAAGAAUAAUCUCACCCAUCAAAUUAUAAAAGGCUUAAUAACUUUAUAAGAUAAAUAAAUAGAAUAGAAAUUUUACAUUUAAUUCAAACCUGCAUUUCAAAUUGUUCUUCAGUUUUCUUUCAGUUUUCUAAUAUGUAAUUAUAGGACUAAAACCAAUCAGACUCGCGCAUUCAAGAUUUAACAGCCGAUUGGUAAAGAUUCAGAUGAACUGGUAUCUUUGAUGACUGUGCUGCAGAAAUCUUUGUAUUUGCAUGGCUAUGUUUGGCAAUAUACUUAAAACAAAUUCAAUAAACAUGAUAUUCAUUAACUAAUCGUGACACCCAGUAUCAUUAGUGCAUUGCUAAUUAUGGCAUGCACAGUCCUAUUAGUAUGAUGCUACUCUGUCUUUAAAGGCUUGUAUUGUCAUUGGAAAUCAUUUAUUUGCUAAAUUUUACAGAAACUUAUAUUUCAAUACGUACAGAAAAUUUGUAUAUGUUAUUAUCUGUUUAUUUCAAUUAUUGAAGUUAUCUUCGUAACAAAUAAGUGGUCAGAUUUUUCUACCGGUGUGAUUAUAAUAGCAGAAGCAUAGACAUGAUCAUUCAAACAUGCACAAUACACUGUGUCAAAUAUGCAUUGCAAGUUGUGGAUCGACCUGAAGGUAAAGGGAAAUAAUCAGGCAUUUUUCCAAGUCUAACCACCAGCUUGGUAGUACUUAUAAAAGUGAUUUGAGUUGAAUUCAACUUCAAUUUAUACUUGUCACAUUUGAUUGUCAUAAUGAUUAAAUAAAAGAAAAUUUGCAUUAUUUUUCUGCCGGUAAAAUGACAUGAAUAUUGCCCAUAGAAAAAUAUAGUCCACUUGGUCUUAAAACAUUGAAAGAAGAUUUAGAUUUUUUAAUGUAAAAAAAAUGGUUUAAAAAUAUGGGACC